AUGUUGCUCUUCCCAGCCCCUGUCACCAGCGGAUUUCUUGGUUCUAUCGGCUUCUUUAUCUUCAAGUCUUCUUUACAGAUCUCUUCCGGCGUGAAAUUCCGCUACCUCUGGCCGCAGGACUUCGGGGAGUUCCUCCAAGUCCAACCACUGGCACGGGUGCUCUGCAUGUUCGCUGCCCUGAUGUUCAUCCGGCGGGUGCCUCCCAUGCUGGUAAAACUCUUCCCAAAGAGCACCGCCGUGAAGAAACUUGGCGGGCUGGUUUGUCAGCUGGUGCCGCUCUUCCUUUUCUACCUGGUGGUGCGGCUUACCGGUGUGGACAUGACGGAGCUUUCAAAAGAGGGUUGGACCUACCCGCGUCAGGGAGCCUCCGGGCCAGCUGAAUUCUGGCGCUCUGGCAGCCUUUCGGGCGCCGACUGGACAUUUGUCCGAGCCAACCUUCCUUCCAUGGGCCUGAUUGUGAUGAUGUCUGUGCUCUGCACGAUGACUGGGGCGCUAGGCAUCGUCGGCAAGUUCCCUACGGGCCCGCCUGGGGAUCCUGCACCCAACGAUGCACUGGACUACGACCGCGAGCUGCUAACAGUCGGCUGGGUAGAUCUUCUUCUGGGCGCAUGCGGGGGCAUUGUCACCUUCCAUCGAUUAGGCAGCUCUGUGCAACUCCGGCUGGAUGGCGGGAGCCACCGCAUCUCCGUCUUCACCUGCGCUGUCUUCUGCGGCGGCCUCUUCCUGUCCGGCGUGCCAAUUGGAUAUCUGAUCCCCACAUGGUUCUUGGGGGCGCUGUUCAUGAACAGCUCCAUCAGCCUCGUUCAGGACGCAUUGUACUCUUAUCGGCAUCUGCCAAGCUCCAAGUGGACUGUGUUAGGGGUGCGAUUGCCAUCUCUUGAGUACGGCAUCACGCUCGCCUGCAUUGCGGUUGCUGUGGUGUGGUCCCCCUUUGCAGGCAUCUUCACUGGCCUUGCGCUGAGUGUCUUUGACUUCCUGUUUCAAAGCUCCCAGACUGUCCCUGUGAGCGGUGUCAGCUCCGGACACCUUAGUAUGAGUCGCACGAAGCGCCCUGUUUGGGAACUUCGCACCUUGAGAAAGGAGGGCGACCGAAUCAUCUUGCUCUUUCUGCAAGGGCAGCUCUUUUUUGGAUCUGCAGAACAGGUUUCACAAGUUCUGGACACUGCCACUGACGAUGCUGCUGGUCGGCUGAAGUACUGUGUGCUCAGCUUCGCCCGCGUGAUUGACAUCGAUGCAUCGGCCGCGAAGCAGGUCAAAAUGAAUGUUGACAAGGCCUUCCGAAGUGGCGUCAUGGUCAUUUUCUGCCGCAUGUCCUCGGACGUCUUCCAGGAGCUUUCCGUGGCGGGUGCUAUCAAGUCGCCGGACCCUGCGCUGCGCAAGGUUCUGCUGGACCGCGGAAUCGACAUUGGCGAGGAGCCUAUAGUGGCAGAUAUCUUCGAGGAGGAUCCGGACCUUGUACAUGCCGAGUCCGCCGGGACCACCGGACGGAAAAGCUCGCUGACGCCGCACCGAAGGGCCACCUGCAAUUUCCGCCCCCUUGGCACUGGCACCUACGAUGCCUUUGACACUGAGUCCGAUGCUCUGGACUACUGCAACGACCUCUUGCUUGAAGAGUACUGCUACAAUGGCGAGGUCAAGGAGUUCAAGCAGGCGUAUAGACAAGCUUGCCGAGAAGGCAGUCGACUCUCCGAAGCGCACUUUGAAGAAAUGAACUUCGUCCCUCCGGGCACCCUGGAGAGGGUCCGGCCACUGUGCAACGUGAAGAAUGGCCUUCCACACUACACGGACCUUCCACACGACCAAGAGCCCACCCUGUAUCUGGUAUUUAGAGGGGCCGUGGCGCAGUUUGAGCAGAUCGGGGAGGACAUCACUGUGGCAAGAAGCGGCAAACUCCACGCGCAGGUGAAAGGCUUCACGGGCAGAGGAGGCAACAAGCGCCUCAGGGCCCGUUUCCCCCCGGGCCACAUCGUGGGCAAGACCUCCUUCUUCCUGAACGGGGAGGAAGGCCUCGUGGAUCACAAGAUCCUUCCCAUGCUGCAAGUCUCCUCCCGCAUGUCUGGCUACGCAGAGAUCUGGGCUCUUUCUCGCUCCUCUUGGGAUAAAAUGCCCGAGGACCUCCAAAGCAUCAUGAAGAACCUGAUGCUGUUUCAGCUUGCCGAUGAUCGACAGCAUUCACUUCUAGUUGAGUGA